AUGAGUGAGAGAGCAUUAACAAGUCAUCGUUCUGUUCUUCUUGUUCUUCUUCAAGACCAAGGAGUCUUUAGAGCUGGUCAGUGGAGUCAGCAGGCAAUAAUACAUCAUGGUCUCCAACAUGGAAGUCAGAUACCAUGUAUUCAAAUGGCAUUGCAGGCACAUUAUGAUGUAAUUGUGCUAAACCCCAAUGACAAUUUCAUCGACCUAAACAUGGAAGAAGAGCAGAAAGGCCUUUUAACCCAAACUAAGGGGUCAUCUUCCCUAAAAAUGGUUCCAGCAGAGAACUUUUUAUCUGUCCAGCAACCUCUCCAGUGCACCCCUAAAAGAUGCAGCAACACUCCUGAAGAACACAUGGCUUACAUUUGGGAUUACUUCAUUUCAAAGACUGAAGGCAAGGAUGUUGCCUUCAUUGUACAUGGUUACGGAGGCUUGGUUUUUAUGGACUUACUUGUUCGUAAAAAGUGGGAAGUGAUGAACAAAGUAUAUGCUGUUGCCUUUAUUGACUCUGAACAUCAUGUAGGACACCAGCUGGGAAGUGAUGUUCAGUUAUUGGCCUGGAUAAAGCACCACUGCCGUGAAUGGGUGACAAGCCCUAAGCCUUUGGAUAAACCUGCAGCUACUGUUUUAAAACAGGAGUUUCCUAUGGUUUCUGCUGGUACAGAAAAACACAACUUAGCCCCUUCCUCUAGCCUUCAGUCAAUUUUUAAAUACUUUAAAAAAGCUUUGAAAGCCAAAACAACUAUUAAUUUUUCUCGAGUGCCAAUAGUAACUAGAAGCUCCACAAAAAGAAAGCAAAUUGCUUAA